GAGGAUAGGUUAUUGCUGAAACAACAGUUGACACAGCACCUCUUUCGCUGUGUUGGAGAAAUCAUCGAAAGAAAUGGCUUCAGUUCUACCAGUGCUUCUUUUUUGCCUGAUUCUUCAAUAUACACCAACCUACGCUCAAAAUCCUUGCAUGAUUCAGAAUGCCAUCGCUGGUGGUCCAUUUAAUCUAAGCGUUAAUCCACUGUACUACAUGGCAAAUACAGAAUAUAAUGUUACCAUUUUAGGAAUUAAUUCUGAGGUUGAAGUGGCUCUGUCAGCCUUGAAGAACAAUAUCAGCUUUGGUUAUUGGAAGAACAAUUCUUCACGUUGCUCGGGUAUUUUUGCGAAUCGGACUUCAUCAAAUGAUAUCUGGAUUUCACCCACAGACAUGUCAGCUAAUGUGACAAUUAGGGCCUAUAUCAAGACAGUGAACAAAACAUAUCUCCUAACCAAAAUGAUCAGCACAAAUUCUAGUUCUGGAGCUGGGACCACUGCUUCAUCCAGUACCAGUAGCAACAUGACCACAGCUUCACCCCCAACCAAUGAAACAGCUAGCAACGUGACCACUGCUUCAACCUCAACCAAUGGAACAGCUAGCAACAUGACCACAGCUUCAACCCCAACCAAUGGAACAGCGAAUAACAUGACCACAGCUUCAAACCCAUCCAAUGGAACAGCUAGCAACAUGACCACAGCUUCAACCCCAACCAAUGGAACAGCAAGUAGCAUGACCACAGCUUCAACUCCAACCAAUGAAACAGCUGGCAACAUGACCACAGCUUCAAACCCAACCAAUGGAGCAGCUAGCAACAUGACCACAGCUUCACCCAAAGUCAAUGCAACAGCUGACAACAUGACCACUGCUUCACCCAGAACCAUUGUGACCACCAGUGCGAAGAUGAACAAUACCACAAAUUCUCCUAUCAGCAAGAUGACUGUGAAAACCACUACUCCUUCCAGUACCAGAACAACCAUCAUGCAGAUGAAUGUCACCACAUCGUCAAGCACCAUGUCAGAUACUACUACCACAGGAAAUGCUAUGAGCACCAUCAAAACUUCAGGUGGAUUCACCAUUACUUUGAUGUUCUUAAUAUUUAUAGGCAUUGGGCACACACUUUUGUAAUAAAAUUAAUGUCACAUCUGUUGGAAUGUUCACCUGUACUUACCUACAGACAUAACUAUCCUAACAAUUUCUGAGAUUUUGCACAGUAACAGUUCCUGAUGUUAUACAGUGGUGAUCUUAGAACUGUCAUUUGGAAGCACCUGAUGUUUUUUACUUACUUUAAUACACAGUUAGGCUCAAUUGAUAAAUGUUAAACUCUGCUUCGCCCUAUUAUAAAUUACAGUUAAUACUAUUUUCCUAAACUAACUGGCAUGAUGAAGCAUGAAACAUUUUGUUGCACUUCUGAUCAGAAUUUAUAAAUGAAAAUAUUUGCUUUGCAUUUAUUAAUUCAGAAGUUCAGCCAACUCCCUCAAUGUGAGACUGCAUGAAGGUCGCAACUGUUUUGUUUCAUGUAAUUUUUAUGGCUGUUUGCUGCCUUGUAUUUUUUGACAUUAUUAAAUUGUAUAUGGGAUGUACAAGAUACUUGCACUGUAGCAACACUUCCAAUAUAUUGAAAACAUUUUGGUCAGCUGUUGAAUUAUUAACUCUAUGACUUGUCUUUGAUGAUGAGUCUCACUUAAUCAGACAGCAUGUUAGAUGAUCAGUUGGUGAUAGAAACCAAUAUUCAGUCUCUGCUAAACAGUGAAGGCAGACAAUGAGCUCAGAGGAAGCCUGAAAAUUCUACUUUACAAAAUGGAAAGAUUCUACUUUACAAAAUAAUUGCGAUUGAUUUGUUUCACUUAGGUUUCUUUGAAUUCCUGUUCCAUCCUGACUAAUAGGUUGAAGAUCAAAUUGUUUGUAAUUUUAAAAAAUUAUCUUUGAAUUCAAUGUAUCAUUAAUUACUGGUAUCUUCUUAUUGGUUGGAUGCAAUGCAUCAUGGGUAAAACAGUUUCUAUGGGAUGUCAUUAUAAGUUACAAUUCUGAUUCUUUAACAAUCCGUUUAUUUGAGCCUUAAGUGCCACUAAUAUAUUUACAUUUUAUUUGAUGCAGUUUAUAAGAGGUAAUCCUUUAAAAUAAUCUUACAUUCUCAAUUAAUAAGUAUUACCAUGACACAUGGUCCAUUCAGACUUCAAAAUUCAGACACUACAAUAGGCAUCGUAAAUAUAUCACCAACUAUUGAUCUAUUUUCUCAGUUUUCAAUCUUUUUCAAUUUUCAGUUCUCAUUUGUUACUUGGAUUAGUUAUCUUAUGAUAUAUUAAUUGUUAUCUUUAUAUUUCUUGUGCAUUUGACUGAAUAAGAUAUUGCACAGCUCUAAAUAUUCCAAAAGCAUUGAUAUAUUUGAUGUUUUAUCCAUGUUAUGAAGAUUUGCAAUAUCUGAUAUCUUGCAAUUGCACUUUAAAAGAUAAAUACCUACCAACUUA